GGCGCAUGCGCGGCGGCGGCCGGAGCCGGAGCCGGGGCGGCGGCGGCCAUGUCGGGGCGCGGGAAGCUGCUGGCGGUGCUGGGCGACGAGGACACGGUGACCGGGUUCCUGCUGGGCGGCGUGGGCGAGCUCGACAAGCAGCGGCGGCCCAACUUCCUCGUGGUGGAGAAGGAGACCAGCCUGGCCGAGAUCGAGGAGACCUUCCGGAGCUUCCUGAGCCGGGACGACAUCGGGAUCAUCCUGAUCAACCAGUACAUCGCGGAGCUGAUCCGGCACGCCAUCGACGCGCACGCGCGCUCCGUGCCCGCCGUGCUGGAGAUCCCCUCCAAGGAGCACCCCUACGACGCCAGCAAGGACUCCAUCCUGCGCCGCGCCCGCGGCAUGUUCACCGCCGACGACCUCCGCUAGCCCCCCGGCCCGCGCCCCCCAUUAAAGGCCGGGUGCCCCCCCGA